AUGACCGAACCAAUGGCAAGUUCCACAUCCAUCGCCGACAAGUUUCGGGCGCAAGUUUCUCGCAGACAUAUCAAUACGGAAGCUAUCAUUGAAGCCCCAUUAGUUCAUCUUGACGAUGAUGAGCUUGAGGAGGAUGUGCGACGAUUCGCCGAGAAAUUGCCCGGUGUUCCUUUCCAACAUAUUCUGAGAGCAGCUCAAGUGUCAAAGGAGAUCCGGGCAUAUACGGACGAGGGCCUGCAAGAUUCUCUACCCAUCACGUUGGAACCAGAAGAACGAGCAGCACUUAAGGCAGAGAGAGAAAAGGCAUUCUCUCAGAGUGGCAUGACCGUCAUUGUAGUCACUGUAGCUCUUGCAGCUCUACUACAAGGCCAUGUUCAAGCUUCGAUCAAUGCCGCCAGUAUCUACGCCAGAAUUCUUCAGGUCAGAGUCUCCGGCACAGCAGAUAGGAAUAAUCCAGCGUGGCAGCUUGGCGCAAUGAAUUCGGCACCAUUCUUAGCUGCUGCCCUCGUAGGUGCACCGAUGUCACUUCCGCUCAACUACUGGAUGGGCAGACGAGGUGCCAUCGCUGUUGCUGCCGCUCUAAUCUUCGUCAGCUCUUUGGCUUCUGGAUUUGUGCACACAUGGCAGCAGCUUCUUGGUGUGAGGAUCCUCAACGGCCUUGGUGAGUCAAAGAGUCAUAUUCAGUGCUUCCCGAGCAACUCCUAUCGCCACAAGGCCUUGAGACCCGAAUGA